UCCUUUUAUUACUACUCCCUCCCAACAAAGUGAACAAACUAUAUACACUCUCUUCAAUAAUUCCCUUUAGUUUCUCCAAAUCCGGAACAAGUCUAUCUCUUUUACCAUCCUGUAUACACCAUAGGCAUAUCUGCAUGAAUAGUUUAAUACUGCUAUAUCUUAAGCUUUUUUGAAUUUCUGACUAUUAAUUCAUUCAUAAAAUUAAUUACUAUUCAUGUAUUGUAGAGUAUUGUAUUCAAUUCUCAGUAUUGGAAUUUACGAAACAUAACAAUGUCUUCACGUCCACUUCUCCACCACCUUUCUCUUCUGCUUCUUCUUCUCUUCUUGUUCCUCUUAAGCCACACGAAUUGUUACACACCCUAUGUUAACUACCUCAUUGAUUGUGGCGCUUACAACCACACACACCUCAACGAUGGCAGAACCUUCAAAUCCGAUCGUCAAACCACGUCCCUCCUAUCCACAACAGAAGACAUCCAAGCUUCAAAUCACUCACCAAUCGCCAUAACCAUGCCUUCUUUUGUUCCUCCAUCAUCACUUCCAUUGUUUCAAACCGCUAGAAUCUUCGCAGACGAAUCCACAUACACCUUCUACAUCUCCCGAACCGGCGGUCGAAUCUGGAUCCGUCUUUACUUCUACGCUCUCCCUCACCCUUCCUAUGAUCUCGCAACCGCUUCAUUCUCCGUCCACACCAACCACUUUGUUCUGCUCCAUGAAUUCUCUCCCAGAAACAACGACAAUCUUGUUUUCAAGGAGUAUCUCGUUACCGUCUUUGAGAAUAGAUUCUCUCUCAAGUUCAAGCCCAUAAAGAACUCAUUCGCAUUCAUCAACGCAAUAGAGGUUGUCUCCGCCCCUGACACGCUCAUCUCCGACUCCGCCACCGCCGUUUCGCCUCACGGAGAAUUCAAAGGACUACAGCAAUCUGAGUUCCAAGUACUGUACCGCGUUAACGUCGGCGGCGCAAUCAUAGCCCCUAACAAUGACACCUUAACAAGAACAUGGGAGCCUGAUGAUACUUAUAAUGCGAAUCCAAAUGGCUCUGUAAACGUUGCUGUUCCUUACAAAGGAAUCAAAUACCCUGAAUUCGGUGGAGCAGAUUUGAUUGCUCCUAGCUUGGUUUACGCAACGGCGGUGCAGAUUAAAGAUCAUAAAGACAUGCAGUUUCAAAGCAAGGUAAAUCUAAGUUGGAUGAUGAACGUGGAGAAUAGCUACUCUUAUUUGAUAAGGUUGCAUUUCUGCGACAUUGUAAGCAAGAGUCUCAACCAAUUGGUCUUCAGUGUCUACAUCAAUGGUAUGGUUGGUGUGCCUGAUUUGGACCUUUCUUCUCAAACCAGAGAACUAGCCACAGCGUUUUACCAAGACUUUGUCCUUAACGCUUCCGCCGUCGAAAACGGUUUCAUCUUCGUUCAGGUGGAACCCGAGGAUCUCCAGCUCGGGACAAGCAACGCGAUCUUGAACGGAAUCGAGAUCAUGAAGAUGAUCAACUCGGCAAAUAGCUUCGACGGUUUGUUCUCCGUGGAUGGAGAUUACAAAGAGCAGAGUUUUCCACCCAACGCGGAGAUGCGGACGUUAGCUUUUGUUGGAUUGGUAUUGGCAUUAAUAGGCCUAGUAUUGCUAUUAAUGACAUGUGUUCAAAUGAGUAAAUCGACUAAAAGCUGGGAAGUGCAAGCAGGCUUCACUUGGUGGAUGAUCCAUCCAUUCUAUUCAAGAUCGUUUUCCAGAGUUCGCUCUCCAAGAAAAGGGCCUAAAAGGUUCUUUCAUCUCAGCGAAUUACAACGCGCCACCAACAACUUCGAGGAAAGUAGAGUGAUUGGUGUUGGAGGCUACGGUAAGGUGUAUCUUGGAAGAUUGAAAGAAGACAACAUGAAUGUGGCUAUUAAGCGAGCCAAUGGCGGUUCAGGACAAGGCUUAAAGGAAUUCAGGACCGAGCUAGACAUGCUCUCUGAGCUGCGCCACCGCCACCUUGUGUCGCUAAUAGGCUACUGCGAUGAGAACUCGGAAAUGAUCCUUGUUUAUGAGUACAUGGCUAAUGGCUCGUUUCGCUCUCACCUCUACGGUGCCAACCUCCGUCCCCUCUCUUGGAAACAGAGGCUCGAGAUUUGCAUCGGCGCCGCUCGCGGAUUGUACUAUCUCCACACCGGCGCAGCGCAGAGUAUCAUUCACCGCGAUGUCAAGACUACAAACAUCCUCUUAGAUGAAAACUACGUCGCCAAGGUUUCGGAUUUUGGAUUGUCGAAAACCGUCCCUAACAAAGCUUAUGUUAGCACUGCAGUGAAGGGAAGUUUUGGAUAUCUUGAUCCUGAGUACUUCAGAAAGCUGAAAUUGACACAGAAAUCUGACGUGUAUUCUUUUGGUGUGGUGCUUCUUGAGGCUCUGUGUGGAAGGCCGGUUAUAUGGACUUGUCCGAAUUCGACGCAACAAGUUAGCUUGGUUGAUUGGGUAAUGGAACGUUGCAAGAGAGGCAUGGUUCAUGAGGUAGUUGAUCCCUCCAUUCUUGAGAGUAUAAACCCUAAAUCCCUAAAAAUGUUUGUGGGAGCUGCUAAGAGGUGUUUGGAGGAUCAUGGUGCUGAUAGGCCUAGCAUUGGUGAUGUGUUAUGGCAUUUGGAAUGUGCUUUGCAAUUACAAGAAGGUGCAUCACAUGUUGAUGCACCAGAAUAUAAUUUGAGCGGGAAGAAUUUAAUUUGUUCUCAACAAGGAGGGCAAAAUGGAAAUUGUGAUGUGGUGGAUAAUGAUAUUGAUAAUGCAGAUAAUUUGGGUGAUAUCAAAGAUGUUAAUGCUGCUUUGUUUUCUCAGAUAGCUAACCUUCAAGGGAGGUAACAUAGGGAUUUGCAAAGGUUUCAAGAGUAUAAUUUAUACAAGUCAUUUGGAGUAAUAUUUAGACAUCAAGUAGUGAUGGAAUAAUAGAAAAUGUUGAGUAACUAACUCUUGAUUUUAUAGAGAGAUCCUAUUAAUCUCAGUGAUAUCAAAU